GCUUCCUUGUACCUUUUUUACCCGACCACCACUGACUUGUGACCUCCGCCCAGCAAAACAGACCCGCGACUUGUUCUCAGGGGUCUUAAGUGAGAGAGAUACUGACGGAAUACCUCCCACCUUUCUUUCAGACCUCUCCCAAACCCCAAACCCCGUCAUCUCAUCAGACAACAACCUUCCUUUCUACGGCCUCAUCCCCCCCCCCCUCAUCACCCGCCAUCCCAGGGCAAGAGAAUUGUGACAACGUAGCGCUCAAGGCACGCGCGCUACUCAGCUAUCAUCGCCCUCUCGCGCCCAUCCCACCACUCUCUUUCUCGCAAUGCUUCCUCCUGUCGAAAAAGAUGCAGGCGUGUCAUUAUUAUCGACGAUCCCUUCAGCGGUCUAUGUAUUAAACUGGAUCUUCUUCAGCACAAUCGUCAUUCUUUUCAACAAAAAAAUCAUCUCUGAUUGGGGAUUUCCCUACCCCGUCCUGUUAACAUGUUGGCAUCUAAUAUUUGCGACUGUCCUGACGCAGAUCCUUGCCCGGACCAGCACAAUCCUCAAUGGACGCAAGGCUGUUCGAAUGACGGGCAAGGUCUACUUUCGCGCCAUCGUUCCCAUCGGCGUUCUAUACUCGCUCAGCUUGGUCUGCAGUAACCUGACAUACCUCUACUUGUCGGUCGCCUUCAUCCAGAUGCUAAAGGCUGCUGCACCUGCGAGUGUUCUGUUCGUUGGCUAUGCUUUCGGAACUGACAAGUACGACCUCAAGGUCUUGAUCAACAUCUGCGCCAUCGUUUUUGGAGUCGGCCUCGCUUCAUAUGGCGAAAUCAACUUCUCUCUUAUCGGCUUUAUGUACCAGCUCGGUGGUCUCAUCUUCGAGUCGAUACGCCUUAUCAUGGUGCAGAAGCUCUUGACCGGAAAGGCGGAUGACCCGAACUCAUACAAGAUGGAUCCAUUGGUCAGUCUUUACUACUAUGCGCCAGUAUGCGCCGUUAUGAAUGUGUUCGUAGCUCUCUUCGUCGAGAUGCCCACAUUCAAGAUGGCAGACCUCGUCCAACUCGGCCCCUGGACUUUGAUUGCCAACGCCAGCGCCGCCUUCCUACUGAACGUGGCAUCAGUGUUUUUGAUUGGCAAAACAUCAUCUCUGGUUCUAACUCUAUGCGGUGUUAUCAAGAAUGUCGGCAUCGUCGUUCUCUCCGUGAUUCUAUGGGGAACCAUAGUGUCUGGCCUCCAAUGGCUCGGAUAUUCCAUCGCAAGUGCUGGACUGGUGUACUACAGCCUUGGAUACGAAGGCAUCAAGAAUGCUUGCUUGCAAGGACAGACGAUGUGGGAAUCACGAGGAAUGAAUUACAGAGGGAAUAACCUCACAGCUAUCGUUGCUGGUGGUGUCCUAACCACAUUCCUCCUUUUCGCUUGGUGGGGCAGCGGGUCGGCGGCUCCACCUGUAUAGCUACCGUGAGCAGGCACAUAGGGAGUUCUUGGAGUAUUCAAGCAGCAUGAUGAUGGAGUACAUAGGAAUCUCAUCAGGCUCCUCAUGACGAGUAGAGCCAAAUAUGGGUAGAGGUUUUCAUGAAGGCGUUACGCGGGUCGUCUUGGGUUUAUCGUGUAUAAUCUUGGAAGUAUAUUAGUCGAUAAUUGGAUGCCCAGAUAGUUAUGGACCUGACACGAUGUUUCCAAGGUCCAUAGUAUAUUUUGUACAGUAGUAAACUUCAUUUAAUGGAAGAGUGUCCAAGGGCUAUAGAAAACAAGCCUCCAAAUAUAUUGGAGAUUUGGAGACACUGUUG